UGUUCUUCUCAUCGUUUCACAAAACCAAGUACAAAGUUUUAUGCUGCUUGUUGACCUUUGUAUUUGCUUCUCUGCCCAUUUGAUCUCCAGGAAAUAUGGAGUGUGUUCCAGUUGUGGUCGCCAUUUUGAGUUGCUUAUGUUCCAAAAAUGUUAUACAACAAAGAGCAGGACGGCACUGCAAGUACUUUGACUACAAUGCAAAAGCAAAGAUAGAAGAAUUGAGGUCAAAAAUGGAGGAGUUAAGAGCACUUGUGGCGGAUGUAAAUACAAAACUGGAGGAAACAUGUCUCCAAGAAGGAAAGGAACCUACAGAACAGGUGAAGUUGUGGUUGAGAACUGUUCAGAGCUUUGACAAUGAAAAGCUGAAUAGCCUACUAUCGUGGCAAGAGAAAAGAUGUUCAUUUGGGUGUCUUCCAAAUUAUUUCUCUCGGAUGAAGUUGGGGAAACUUGUUGAAAGGAGGAUUCAGGAGGUGGAUGAGCUUCUCAGGAGAGGACAGUUUCAAGAUGAUUCAUUGGCUCACUUGUUGUUAGAGAAUAUAAAGAUGCUUCCUGUGACAGUAGCGGUGAAUAGUGAAACAAGUAAAAAAAAAUUGGAAGAGAUAUGGGAGCAUUUAAUAGCAGAUUAUGAAGUGCAAAGGAUUGGUGUUUUUGGAAUGGGUGGGGUUGGAAAAACAACAAUUCUGAAAGAAAUAAAUAACAGACUUAAAAAAGUGAUGACAGAAGGGAUGAUCACUUGCUUUGACAAUGUUGUUUGGGUCACAAUACCAAAGGAGUCCAACCCCGAGAAAUUGCAAAUGGCAAUUGCCCAAGCCGUGAGGUUGAAUCUCCCCGAAGAUUGGAAUAUGAUGGACAAGGCUGCAGAGUUGCAGAAAGCAUUACAAAGAAGGAAGAGGCUUUUACUAAUUCUGGAUGAUGUAUGGAUACCCUUUUCCUUGGAAGAUAUUGGAAUUCCUACACCUACGAGGGCCAAUGGCUGCAAGCUCAUAUUAACUACUAGAUCGUUAAGGGUGUGUAGAGGCAUGGAGACAAACAAAGAGGUGGAGGUAAAAGUUCUCUCUGAGGCAGAAUCUUGGACCCUUUUCACUGAUAAAGUUGGUUCUGUUGUUUUACAAGAUCCAAAUAUUAGUAAUUUAGCAAGGGCAAUGGUAAAAGAAUUUGGUGGUCUUCCACUAGCUAUUAUCACAGUUGGAAGAGCUUUGAGAAAAGUAAGUGAUGAAGUUGAGUGGCGAAAUGCAUUGACAUCCUUAAGAGGUUCUGCUGCUAAUGUGGAAGGAAUGGAAGAGCUGGUGUAUUCACGUUUGAGAUUCAGUUAUGAAAGAUUAAAGGAUGACACUACUCGAUCAUGUUUUCUAUAUUGUGCAUUGUAUCCUGAAGAUCAUCAAAUUGAUGCAAAAGAGCUCAUAGAAUAUUGGAUGUGGGAGGGUUUGCUUGGUGAUGGGGGAAGGAUACAGGCCAAUAUAUGGAAGGGAGAAAUGAUUUUGGCUGAUCUUAAAGAUUCUUGCCUGCUGGACAGUGUUGAUGUAGAUGGUGGUGUUGAAUGUGUUAAAAUGCAUGACUUAAUAAGAGAUAUGGCUAUUGGUAUUACAAAUACGGGUCCUAGAUCCGUCAUUAGUGCUGGGGUUGGAGUAGAAAAGGCAUCACUUGGUGAGGAUGGGAUUGAAGAUGUUGAGAGAAUUUCAAUGAUGUUUAAUGAAUUGAAUUGCCUUCCUAGCCGACCAUUGUGCUCCAAGCUCUCCUGUCUGCUGCUGCAGUAUAGCUCUAUGGCCAGUGGUAUCUCGCAUCAUUUCUUCUGCCACAUGCCAAAGUUAAGAGUACUUGAUCUGUCUUUCACUGGAAUUCUUUCCAUACCUGACUCCAUUGCCGAGCUAAGCAAUUUGCGUGCACUACUAAUGCGUAGUUGUUGGAACCUAAGUAGUCUUCCUUCUCUAGCAACACUCGAGGCAUUGUGGGUUUUGGAUCUUUCGUAUACUCACAUCACAGAAUUGCCUCCAGGUAUAGAACAGUUACGCCAGCUGAAGCGCCUUAAUCUUUCUUAUACUAAAUUGGACAGUUUUCCAGAAGGACUGUUAACAACUCUGAGUCUGCUAGAAGAAUUGCUCCUAUAUCGUUGUAUGUGUGAAUUCGGUUUACAGUUUGUUGAAGAACUCAUUGCUUCAAGAAAUAUUGUUGUUCUUGAAGUCGAAUUCUCAACCUCUAGAGUGUUUAAUAUGUAUACAAGAUCAGGGCAUUGGAAUCUUCUGCGGAGUUUUAGAUCCGGCAUAUGUUCAUAUGGCGAUGACUUGGGAAAGAACAGUAUAGACUACAUUGGAAAUUUUUUUCUCAAUGGUACUCCUGUUUCGCUUCCUGAUCGCACUUAUGAAUUGCGACUCCUCCACUGCUAUGAUGUUGAUCGGUUGUCAAGGUGCUUGUCAAAAUCAAUAAAAUUGAAGAAAUGUGUUAUAACACACUGUGAUCAAAUGGAGAGUAUUCUAAUGACUGGGGAGAACAACUUAAGCUGUCUAAAUACAUUAGAGCUUGGUUUCCUACAAAACUUCAAGAGUCUCUGCAAGGGUCUCAUGCCCUCAGGAGCUCUUGGUGCGCUAAAGAUACUACAAAUCAGUUAUUGUAACUCUUUAGAGAGUGUACUCAAUCCAAGACUGAUUGAACACCUCAGUAACCUCGAAGAACUUUCUGUUGAGCAUUGUCCGAAAUUGGAGAAGGUGAUAGAAGAGGAGCAAUCUAUCCACAAUGCUGAAGUCAACCUUGCAAGAUUGAAGAGCUUAAAGUUAUGUAAUUUAAGGGAACUGAAGAGUAUUUACAGUGAAGAAGUAAUGUGCAUAUCGCUGUGCACCAUCACUGUAGAAGGAUGCAAUAAACUGAACAGACUUCCGUUCAGGAUUUUGAUAGAUGAAGGAAAUCAGCACAGACAACCAUCAAUCACUCCCCCCAUAAGAAAAGUUAAAGCAGAGCAAGUGUGGUGGGAUUCAGUGGAGUUGGCUAAUCUCAGUGUAAAGACUUUCCUUCAGCAUAGGCUGGAGUUGCCUAGCUAGAGUGCAGGUGACUCACUCGGUUGCUCCUCAUUACUUCCAGGGAGCAGAUUUGGAAAAUGGGAUUGCUGAUAAACUUAUACAAGGACGAAGUCUGGUGUCCGCGAUACUUGUAGUUCAUUUUACAGACUCUAAGUGAGGUAUCUCAUCAUAUUAGUGAAACACAUUGAAAGGAGCAAGAGUAUGACCUGCAAAUCAAGCUUCUUUGUCAAUGGUACUCGUCUUUC